CAUGUCCCGAGUCUUGAGUCUUAAAAAAACAAAGCCUUGUCUCUGACCAUGCGAAUUUCUGGGAACUACGACCAAACUCAACCUUCGGCUCACCAUGUUCUCGCGCAAUCUUCUUCUCUAUAGAGCCCUCACCAUGUUCUAGCGCCACGCGUAUCUUGGGUUUCCCAUAAUCGUCAUACACGUUAACGUCAUCAAACAUGGAAGAAGGCCAAUUCAAAGUUUCAGGAAAAGAUUAAAGAAAGAAACCAGAAUAAAAGGGAAAAAGACCAAACAGAACCACACCAAUUCGUCUUCAACCAAGAAAGAUUAUCAAGAAUUGUCUUUGGGUUUUUGAGGAACUAGAAUUUCCGUUCAGAUAUUACUGGAAUCUCUCAAGAUUAUCAAGAAUUGGCUUCUUUGAUAGGUUUCGAAACUGGGUUUCUUUGAUAGUUGCUGCUGUGUUAUUCGUUCCCCAAGAAUUGGAGGAUGGAUAAGUUGAAUCUAGCUUCACUGGGUGAGCGAUUAAAGACCGGUGGAGCUCAAAUGGGUAGGAUGGUUAGUGGGAAAAUGAAGGAAAUCUUACAAACCCAGACACCUGAAUCGAAGAUGGUAGAUGAAGCGACAUCUGAAAGCUUAGAAUGUCCGCAAUGGGGUUUGAAUUUACGGAUAUGUGCUUUGCUCAAUAGCGAAGAGUUUAGCGGUCAAGAAGUUGUGAGAACUAUUAAAAGCAAGAUUGCGAGCAAGAACAUGGUAAGCCAAAGGUUGAGUCUUGAUCUGUUAGAGGCUUGUGCCAUGAAUUGUGAGAAGGUUUUCUCAGAGGUAGCAUCGGAGAAAGUAUUGGAUGAGAUGGUUAGGAUGAUCGAUGAUCCUCAGACCCAUCCCAGUGAUAGACAACGAGCAUUGGACCUGAUCCAGGCUUGGGGAGAAUCCGAAGACCUUGCUUAUCUGCCUGUGUUUCGCCAGGCUCAUAUGAACUUGAAGAACAGAGACAUCCUAGGAUCAAUGCAAGAUGAAGAGAAUUCGAUGCCCAUCUAUGAUUCUUUGUCCCCAGAUGUUCAUGAACAACCAUUAUCUCCUCCUGAAAGAUAUCCCAUACCUGACUUGGAACCGCGCAAUAUAGAUCAUACUGAUAUUGCCUAUCAUGUUGGAAGAUUUUCGGCGGAAGAAAAGAAAGAAUUUAUUCUUAUCACUCGAAAUAGCAUUGAUAUUUUGUCUAGCAUUUUGAACUCUCAGGAAGACCAGAAGUCCCUUGAGGAUGAUCUCACUGUAAGCAUGGUAGAAAAGUGUGAGGAGUCACGACCCAUCUUACAGAGGAUCAUAGAAAGCACUCGCGACGAUGAUGGAAUGCUCUUUGAAUCUCUAAAUCUUCAUGAUGAGCUCCAACAGGUUAUUUCCAAGUACAAGGAGAUGACAGUGACACCAGCAAUGGAAGGGCCAGAAUCCAGAAGUCCUGGCACAACCAACAUUGGUUCAGCCAAUCUGGAUGAAAUUGUAAACAGUGCAGGAAAGCCACAACCCCUAAAAGAUCAAGAGAGCAGUGAAAGCAGUAGUGAGAGGAAACUUUCUCCUGAAGGAAAAUCUGCACUAGAGUGAGUUGAGGGGAAGCCAACAUUUUGUUGUUUUUGUCUGUCUGGGAGGAAGGGUUGGUGAUAAUUUCUGUUGAAUAUGUGGUUAGACCAUCCAUUGAUCUACAUAUGUUCUUUUUCUCUUGUAUUUUCAACUACUAAUCCAUUUAAUGAUUUUUAUAGCUUUCAGCA